AUGAAGAAAGUCACUGCUAAUGAUGGUGACGACUGUGACGAAGAAGUGGAUGACGAUGACGGUGACGAUAAUGAUGGUUUUGAUGAGGAUAAUGAUGAUGAUGAAAACAAUGGACGACAUUAUGGUUAUAAAGAAGAUUCGCUAGCAAGCAGCGAUGGAAAUAAGAUCAAGUUUUUUUGCGAAAGUUUAAUCCACUGCACUGCGCGAGAUACUGAUGCAAUUGCUACUAAUUUAAUCAAUGAAUAUUUUGAUCACCGGUUAAUGAAAUUCAAUGCGAAGGAUAGCUGCAGUCCUCCAUUAGUUAUUAGGAGGUAUGAUCCGUCAAAUGCUCGUUAG